AUGGCGUGGGGUAAGAAGGCUGGCGUGGACGACCUGCUGCAGAAGCUCACGAACCCCAAGACAGCGAGGAGCCUCUAUGUCAUGAGCACGCGCUCCAUCGGCGACUCAGAUUUCGUCAAAUUGGCCUCGUCCAUCAGCAGCAACACUUUACUCGAAGAGCUUUACUUGUCCGGUCACCAACUGGGGCCGCUUGGACUACAGGCCUUUGCCGACUGUUUGGCAACGAACUCGACGCUCAAGCACUUGAGUUUGGGCUCAGAGAAGCUUGGAGACGAAGCAGUGCAAGUUCUCUGCGCCGGUUUGGCUCGCAACACCCAGUCGGGACUCCAGAACUGGGACUUGGAGUUUAAGUCUCUUGGUGCGAAUGGAGCGGCAGCUGUCGCAGAGCUGCUGAAGACCAACAAGUCGUUGACGACUGUAUCGCUGUCCCGUAAUCAGAUCGGGGACGAAGGAGUCGAGAAACUGGCUAAGGGGUUGAGUGAGAACGCACAGUCAGGAGUCAAGGAGUUAAAUGUGACCGAGGUGGGAAUUUCAGGGUCUGGACUCGGCCACUUGGCUACGCUCGUAGAGAAGGAAACCUGCUCGUUGUCAACGAUUCAGCUGUCGUUUAACACGCUGGAGAGUGCAACGUCGACCUUCUUUGAUGCGUUGGCAAAGAAUAAGUCCGUGACAAAGUUGCAGCUCAAGGAGUGCAAGUUAAGCGACCAACAUGUCGCUGCACUUAGUGCUGCGCUUAAGCAGAACACGACGUUGGUGGAGAUCGAUCUGUCGGACAACGAGUUGACGCAGACUUCGUGUGCUUCGUUGGCUGAAGGACUCUGUGAGAACAAGACGCUCAAGAUCUUGCGUAUCAACAACAACAAGUGCCUGGACGAAGGUGCUGCGCUUCUUGCAGAUGUACUGGUGACAAACAAUACGACGCUGACCUACCUGGAUAUGGGCAACAACGGACUUACCAGUGUCGGCAUGACACCACUGCUGAAGGCUCAAUCGCUGACACAACUUCAUCUGUUCAACAACAAACUGGGCGAGGGAUUGAGUGAGUUAUUACCUGCACUACUGGCCAAUGCAGUCAUCGAAACGUUUGGCAUCGGUGCCAACCAGUUGCACGAGGCACUAAGUGUCACGAUGUUGGACGCGCUGCACUCGCAUCCGUCUUUGAAGACGCUCGAGAUGGGAGGAAACACGCUGGGCAUAGCAGGACACGACGCUCUCGACAAGCUGAAGGAGGCCAACCGCGGACUAGAUGUUGCUGUGGACAAGAACGCGCAAAACGAGGACAGUAGCUUUGAUUUCCAGAACCAGCAGUAGAAGACUCUGGCGCUAGAGUGCUCUGCUUCUGGGCUGUAUUGUUAAAUAGAGGGACGCAACAACGGUCG